AUGACUGAUUCCGAGGACGACAAGCCUCUGUUGAAGAGCGCUAAGUCAAGAGACACCAUUCCUGCUGCAGUCGACCAAGCCAUGGACAAGCAACUCCCCAGCAACGGCAAACUCGAACCAGGCAUCAGCAUGGCUAUGGGCCCUAUCGAAGACAUGGACGUAGACAAGCCUACCACCAAUGGCGCAACCAAUGCCAAGCGAAAAUCAGCCAUGGGCAACGGCAAGUCCUACAAAGAGUCGACUGACUCGGAAGACGACGACAAGCCUCUUCAGAAGCGUCGAAAGACGACGAAGCCUGCCGAGUCUGACGACGAAGACGACGUACCGCUUCAGAAGCUUCCGAGAGCGUCCGCUGCUCAGAUAGGCGAAGAGUCGGACGACGACAUGCCUCUCAACAAGAAGCUGCAGAAGGAGAAGGCAGUCAUUGAGAAGAGGGCUGAGAAGGAGGCCAAGGCUAUGCGGACCGAGGACAAGACCGCCGAUGCGAAGAAGAAGGCUGUGAAGAAGGAGAGUGAUGAUGAGGACGACAAGCCUCUCGUCAAGAAGAGGAAGCCUGCAGUGAAGCAGGACAGCGACGACGACGAUGACGUGCCUCUUGUUAAGAAGAAGCCCGCGCCGAAAAAGCAAGCCAACGGCACUGCUAAGAAGGUGAAGAAGGAAGAGUCUGAGGAUGACGAGAAGCCUCUGAGCAAGAAGGCUCCUGCGAAAAAGGGCAAGAAAGAGACCACAGCGGCUCCAGCCAAAGGCAAGGGCAAAGCCAAGACGUACGCCGAUGCCGAGGAAGAAGGCGAGGAGGAAGAGGAGUACAAGUGGUGGGAGGCUGAAAUGCAGGGCGACGGUACCAUCAAGUGGAACACGCUUGAGCACAAUGGCGUCGUCUUUCCACCUGAGUAUGAGCCUCUCCCGAAGAACGUCAAGAUGCUGUACGAUGGAGUGCCGGUGACCCUGGCCAAGGACGCUGAGGAAAUCGCGCACGCGUUCGGCAGCAUGCUUCACUCCACGCACAACGUCGAGAACCCUACUUUUCAGAAGAACUUCUUCGCCGACUUCAAGGAGGUGCUGGAUAAGACCGGACACGCAACCGACAAGAAUGGCAACCGCAUCAAGAUCAAGGAGUUUGCAAAGUGCGACUUCAAGCCCAUCUUCGAGCAUGUCGAUGCUGAGCGGCAGGCCAAGAAAUCGCUUCCUGCGGCCGAGAAGAAGAAGAUCAAGGCUGAGAAGGACGAGAAGGAGGGGCCGUACCUGUACUGCAUGUGGGACGGCCGCAAGCAGAAGGUUGGCAACUUCCGUGUUGAGCCUCCAGGCCUGUUCCGUGGUCGCGGUGAGCACCCGAAGACUGGCAAGUGGAAGAAGCGAGUGUCUCCAGAGCAGAUCACCAUCAACAUCGGCAAGGAAGCCAUGGUGCCAAAGCCUCCGGAGGGCCACAAGUGGAAAGAGGUCAAGCAUGACCAAGAGGGCACAUGGCUCGCUAUGUGGCAGGAGAACAUCAACGGCGCCUACAAGUACGUCAUGCUGGCUGCGAAUUCCGAUGUCAAGGGCCAGAGCGACUGGAAGAAGUUCGAGAAGGCGCGAGAGCUCAAGAAGCACAUCGACUACAUCCGCAAGGACUACACGAAGGAGCUCAAAGCCGAAGAGAUGGCAAUUCGCCAGCGUGCCACCGCCGUCUACCUCAUCGACCAGUUUGCGCUACGUGCUGGCAACGAGAAGGGUGAGGACGAGGCAGACACCGUUGGCUGUUGCUCUCUGAAGUUCGAGCACGUCACUCUCCGGCCUCCAAACACCGUCAUCUUCGAUUUCCUAGGUAAAGACUCCAUCCGCUUCUACAACGAGUUCGAAGUCGACAACCAGGUCUUCAAGAACCUCAAGAUCUUCAAGCGGAGUCCAAAGGGCGACGGCGAUGAGAUCUUCGACCGCAUCACCACUUCCGGCCUGAACAAGCAUCUCUCGAACUACAUGCCCGGCUUGACGGCCAAAGUCUUCCGUACCUACAACGCCUCUUGGACCAUGGCCAACCUUCUCCGAGAGAUGAAGGUCUCCUCCAAGGUGCCAAUCCCUGAAAGAGUGAAAGACUACAACGACGCCAACCGCAAAGUGGCCAUCAUCUGCAACCACAAGCGCACUGUCGCCGCCAGCCACGAACAACAGAUGGGGAAGAUGGAAGACCGCAUCAACACACUUCGCUACCAGCAAUACCGCAUCAAGCAGAUGAUGCUCGACCUCGACUCGAAGCUCAAGAAGAAGAAAGGCGCCGACUACUUCGCCCUCCCCGACGGCCUGGACGAAGAGUGGGUCAAAGAGCACCAAGAAGCCCUUGUCGAAGAGCAGCGCAACAAGAUCAAGAAGAAGUUCGAAAAGGACAACGAGAAGCUUCUCGCAGAGGGUGAGAAGGAAUUAAAGGCCAAGGUGCUGGAAGAGCGUCUUGAAGUUGCCGAUGAGCUUGAGACGAAGUUCAAGCAGGAGCGCAAGAAGGGCAAGAUAGAGGCUGAGGGGAAAGGGCCGAGCGUGGAGAAGUAUGUGCAGCAGCUUGAGAAGCUGGAUCAGCGCAUCGCGACGUUGAAGACGCAGAGUGAGGAUCGCGAGAAUAAUAAGGAGGUUGCGCUGGGGACGUCGAAGAUCAACUACAUCGACCCCCGCCUGACGGUGGUCUUCUCGAAGAAGUUCGACGUGCCGAUUGAGCGCUUCUUCAGCAAGACGUUGCGGGACAAGUUCAACUGGGCCAUCAACUCGGUGGAUGAGGACUGGGAGUUCUAA